CCAUAGCUACAAACUACAAACAUUUCCAAUCUCUCCGUAUAUUUUAAUCUGCAAGUUUCAAAGAUGAAGAAGAACAGCAUUGUCCUAUACCCAUCUCCAGGCCAAGGCCACCUGCUAUCAAUGGUGGAGCUAGGUAAGCUCUUACUCCAUCACAACCCUUCAUUCUCCAUCACUAUCUUCAUCACUUCCCUUCCUUCCAAAACUAACUCCUCCACUGCUGCUUACAUCAACCGUGUCUCCACAACCACUCCUAUUUCCUUCUACCACCUCCCCCUCAUCUCUCUCCCUAUGGACCCUUCUUCUUACCCCAAUAUCGAAAUCAUGGUCUUUGAUCUCCUUCGUCUCAACAACCCUAAUCUUGAACAAGCACUCAAAACAAUAUCUCACUCAUCUACAAUCCAUUCCUUCAUCAUCGAUGGCUUCUGCACCGUUGCCUUUGAUGUCGCGGCACACCUUGAUAUCCCGGUGUACUACUACUUCACUUCCGGCGCCGCCGCCCUUGCCACCUUCCUUUACUUCCCCACACUUCAUGAAAACACCAACCAGAUCAGCUUCAAGGAUAGGAGAACCAACCUCGACAUCCCGGGAUUACCACCGCUUCUGGCGACUGACAUGCCGGAGCCGAUGCUUGAUAGGAACAAGGAAGCCUACCAUGGCUUCUUAGACAUGUGUUCUCAUUUUCGUAAAGCUGCCGGAAUCCUUGUGAACACAUUUGAAGCACUUGAGCCUCGAGCAAUCGAAGCGAUAUCUCUUGGGCUUUCUGUCCCAGAGAAACUGACACCGCCGGUGCAUUAUAUCGGGCCGGUGGUUGUCUCCGACAAGCCUAAGAAUAGUGGUGGAGAAGAUUGUUUACACUGGGUUGACUCACAACCGAGUUGUAGCGUUGUGUUUCUGUGCUUUGGUAGUCUAGGGGUGUUUUCUGCGGCACAGUUGAAGGAGAUUGCUGUUGGGUUAGAGAGAAGCGGACACCGAUUCUUGUGGGUGGUGGGUAGUCCUCCGACUAAGGAUAAAAUCGGGCGAUUUUUAGCACCAAUUGAACCGGAUUUGGAGACCUUGUUACCGGAUGGUUUCUUGGACCGGGUUAAGGGAAGGGGACUUGUGGUGAAAUCCUGGGCGCCUCAAGUGGAUAUACUGAGUUUGGAAUCCGUUGGUGGGUUUGUGACUCAUUGUGGUUGGAACUCGGUGUUAGAAUCCCUUUGUGCUGGGGUACCAAUGGUGGCUUGGCCUCUCUACGCGGAGCAACGGUUGAAUCGGCUGCUGCUUGUGGAGGAAAUGAAGUUGGCAAUGCCGAUGGAGGAAUCAAGAGAAGGACUGGUGAUGGCAGCUGAGGUCGAGAAAAGAGUGAGAUCGUUAAUGGACUCGGUGGAAGGGAAACUACUGAGAGAACGGACUUUGGCAAUGAAAGAUUGUGCAGUUGCUGCUUUGAGUCAGGGCGGGUCAUCACAUGCUGCCUUGGUCGAGUUGACUCAGUCAUGGAAAUGAGAAUGAGAUCUGAAGUCAGGAGCUUGGGCCCUUGUGAUAAGGAUGUUAGGUCGAUAAUGCAUUCAAAGUAAUCGUGGCAAACACAAUUUCGUUAAAAAACUACUUUGUUUCUGCACUCCACAUAUAAGAUGUCAAUAUAAGUGGGUAGCAUAUAGGUCACUCUCCUUACUUCAAAUUCAAGAGUAAUUCUAUGCAACACAACUUUGAUAACAA